AUGAAUGGGGACCUGAGCCUUUCUCAGGCCCUAGGCGGAUUGCGCAUCGCCAACCCUGACGACGCCGCUGAGGCUGUUAAUGCUUCUUCAACCUCUUCUCCUGGACCCGACCCUACUACUCACAAUACAUCCCUUUCCGCUUCCACAUCAACAUCCGCCCUCCACUCUACGUCUCAAGCAACAGCCACAUCCAUAACGCCCUCACCCUACGAUGCUAUUCGUCUCGACCCGAUAGAUGCCGGAGUCGACUCUUCGCUAACCGAUCCUCGACUCACCCCGUCUGCCCAGUCGUCCGACUUUAUUUCAGAACCAAGCCCCUCCGCCGGACCUUCACAGUCAUUACCACAAGCCGAACCAUCGAGGACGUCCAUUUACGGAAUGCCCAACGUGCCCGAACCUGGCUCCAGCACCUCAUAUCCCGUUAGGGAGUCCAGCCGCCGAGACCCUCAACGCUUUAACAAACCGACUCGACCAAUAUCAGGCUUGAAUCCCGGCGGCAGUCCGUUACCACCUCGAGGGAGCUCAAGAGGCAUGGGAGUUGGCUAUGCAACUGGGCCUGGCGGACCGCAACCGAACCAACCAUACACCGGUGAUGCGCCAGUUCCCACCACCAGAGAAGACUGGCAGGAGCGCGGAGCCGCCGUAGGAGUCCGUCGGGAGGUUGACGCAAAUGGACGAACUGUUGUUCGACAGGUCAAGAAGGGCGUCCGCGAUUUUUCCUUCGGACGCACUCUUGGAGAAGGCUCCUACAGCACUGUAUACAUGGCAACUGAUCGACAGACUCUCAAAGAGUAUGCCGUCAAGGUACUCGAAAAAAGACACAUCAUCAAGGAGAAGAAGAUCAAGUAUGUCAACAUCGAGAAAAAUACUCUUAAUCGACUCACUGAGCAUCCUGGUAUUGUCCGGUUAUACUACACAUUUCAAGACGAGACUUCUCUAUACUAUGUCCUCGAUCUAUGUAAUGGCGGGGAACUUCUUGGUGUUUUGAAGAAGACAGGUACUUUCGACCUUGAGUGCACUAGGUUCUACGGGGCACAAAUCCUCGAUGCUAUUGAUUAUAUGCAUUCCCGAGGCGUUAUUCACCGAGACCUAAAACCCGAAAAUGUGUUGCUGGACGAUCAAAUGCAUAUCAAGAUCACAGAUUUUGGGACUGCUAAAUUACUGAAGGACCCUCGGGAAGAUGGGUCAACAGCAUCAGCCAGUGGCGCCCCUGACCCAGGACACGACGAAGACAACCGUGCAGCAUCAUUCGUUGGCACUGCUGAAUAUGUGAGCCCUGAGCUCCUUACACAUAAGAACGCCUCUGGCCGACCACCUUUCAAGGGUGGCAGUGAGUAUCUUACCUUUCAAAAGAUCGUCAACCUCGAGUACGAGUUUCCUCCCGGAUUCCCGCCGGCCGCUCGAGACCUCGUGGAGCGUUGCCUAGUUCUUGAACCUGCCAGGCGACUGACUGUAGAGCAUAUCAAGAACCACGAGUUCUUUGACGGACAACCCUUUGGAAAAGGACUCUGGAGAACCAAAGCCCCUCGUUUACGCCCUUACGUAGCGCCUCCGCAAGAGCCGCAGGUCAUCCAGCUCAACGGCUUUUCCAACCCUACAAACCCGACCAACAACUCGAGAGCACCCCCUGGGCCCCAGACUACCCCUUCCAAUGGGAGCAGUCGGCCUUCUCGAAUAAUCACCGAGCUUCCUCCCCCGACACAGCUUGAUAUCGAAUGGUCGCCGGUAUUAACCAAGAACAACGAGCGCAUUCUCAAGCUGGGUGAUCUUAUGGUGGUCUCGACGCCUCUACCUUCUAGCCCUCAUGGAAAAGAACCAGGAGAAGGACAUAAGAAGUUGUCUCGUUUCUUUAUCGGAAGCACAACAAAGAAGCGUCAGCGCUUAGUCAUGAUUACCUCGAGUGGUCGAAUUGUGCUUGCUCCAGCUGGUGGCGAGGAGAAAAGAGCAAAACAAGAGUUGUCUUUAUUAGGUUCAGACUGCUCUUGGAAAACCCAGGUCGACGCGAAAGGGCAAACAGUGUGGUGUGUUAAUACAGGAGGCCAUCAUUAUACAUUCGAGGAAGCCAAAUCCUCCUCAAACCCACCGGAAGGCGGUUCUGCCGCCGCCGAUUGGAUCGAGUGUUUGGAGCGUGCCAGAGACAUGGCCCUCUCCCAAAGCAUGGCCACUUCUUAUGGAGGCGAUAGCGGAUUUGCUGACAUGUCGUCUCAAGUAUCGAGUCCCUCUAGUACAAUAGGGGGACCGGGCAACUAUUCGGAAGGGUUUGGUAUAAACGACCGACAGGGAAGGAACCAUUUGACAAAAGACAAUCAAGAAAUGGUCUGGGAUCUGCAUUCUGAGGAGUCGCUGACAGCCAAACUGUACGGACAAACCUGGAGUGAUUAUCCUGUGGACUAUUCCGUCGACUCUGUCCGACAUUUGGCCCUCAUCGAUCACGACCAGUACCUUCAUGGCAUUGAGAGCACGGUGUCUUCAUUGAGGAGUUUUAUUCAUCUGAGCGGACUGGCCAUUGCAUUGUUUUGGGGUGCAUCUUGUUUUGAGAGUCGAGGAAGUGGGAGGUGGCGAAAGGCACAGCUGCAGUGCGGUUGCCAGUUGAUGGAUCGCAUGGAUCAAAACUUCUAG